CUUUGCGAAAGUAACGGCUGCUGCUCGCGGUUGGAGCAGGUGACCGGUGGCCCCGCCCCCGCCUCGCGGUGCUGUCAUGGCGGAUCCCGCUCAGCUGCCGGUGACACCGAGUCGCCAUGAGAAGAGCCUGGGGCUUCUGACCAGCAAGUUCGUGUCCCUGCUGCAGGAAGCGGAGGAUGGUGUGCUGGACCUGAAGGCGGCUGCGGACACACUUGCCGUCAGACAGAAGCGCCGGAUUUAUGACAUCACCAACGUCCUUGAGGGCAUCGGGCUGAUUGAGAAGAAGUCCAAGAACAGCAUCCAGUGGAAGGGGGUUGGUCCGGGCUGUAACACUCGGGAGAUUGCUGACAAGCUGAUUGACCUGAAGGCUGAGCUGGCGGACCUGGAGCAGCGGGAGCAGGAGCUCGACCAGCAGCGCAUCUGGGUGCAGCAGAGCAUCAAGAACGUGACGGAUGAUGUGCAGAACAGCGGGCUAGCAUACCUGACCCAUGAAGACAUCUGCCACUGCUUCCGAGGAGAUACCUUGCUGGCCAUCAAGGCACCAUCAGGUACCUGCCUAGAGGUUCCAGUUCCAGAGGGGGUCAAAGGGCAGAAGAAGUUUCAGAUUCAUUUGAAGAGUUCUGCUGGGCCCAUAGAGGUUCUUCUAGUUAAUAAAGACACGUCCAAUUCCCCUCCUGUCGUUGUGCCUGUUCCUCCACCAGAGGAUCUUGUCCAGCCGCCUCCUGUAGUGAUGGGGACUCCCGACCCUUUACCACCUGGUGCAACAGGAAGAGAGUCUUCGGUGUUAGACCCAGAAGUAGAAGAUAAAGGGCUAAGUCGUCUUCCAAGUGUGGACACUUGCCCUCUCCAAUCUUCAGCCUCCUUGGACAACAGUCCUGACCUGCCGAAUGUUUCUACCUCGUUCCAACCGAUCCGUUCUGAUCCAUCUGACAUGCUGGAGUUACCCACAGACUUCUCAGAAUUAUUUGAUCCCACGAAAGAAUGCAUGACAUCUGACCUUCUGGAAGAGUUGAUGUCCUCUGAAGUGUUCGCCCCUCUGCUCAGGCUUUCUCCACCACCCGGUGACCACGACUAUGUCUACAACUUGGAUGAAAGUGAAGGAGUCUGUGAUAUGUUUGAUGUCCCCAUCAAUCUCUGAACUUGGCCUUGUGCCUUACUGUGUAUAUGGACGCAGAUUCUUACUCUACAUGAAGAAAGUUUUCUAUUUUUGGAUUUGUUUGGAUAAACAGAAGCUAUUUGUGUAUUGCGGAGCGGCACCUAGACCCGACGUCCGUGGUGCCAGCCUGGGUUGUGCCUCACUUCGAGGCCACUGUUCACAAGUGUUCUUGCAGAUUUCCCCUGGUGGCCAGCACUGCCCAUUUUUUUUUUUUUUAGAAUAUUUUCCUUCUUGUUUAUGUGGAUAUAAAAGAGUUAUUUUUCUACGGUUCUGUUCUUGCCGUUCUUCAUGUUCUGUUUUUAGUCUCUGAUUUCUGUGGUUUGUGUUUUUUAUGUCUUGGCCAGUAGCUCACUACCCAAGUAAAAGCCCUGCUGCAGCUG